GCCUUUCCUUGUGACUAUACACGGAAUUCCCAAUUCUUCUAUUUCUAUUUUAUCAAUUCAAAAGUUAGCUUUUUGACAAAUUAUUUCGUUCAAAAAGUCGUUAUAGAAAAGUAGUUUCAUAGAUGAGCAAUUUUGUUUAUUCAUUACUAAGUUUAAUUUGCUGCUUUUCUAUUGAAACAGGUUGUGAUUAACAAGUUUGUUUUCUUCAAAAGAUUCCACUAUCAGCUUGGGUAAGAAUAUAUUCUCACAAAGUCAACUUAGCUGUUUCUUAGAUUCUUGAACACAUUUUAGUGUUUUACAGGGCACAGUUACUAAGAACAGGGCAUAUAAGAAAGCUGUAAUUUUUUUUUUCUUUUGGUGAUAAUAUUGUGUUGAAGAAGUAAAGAAAAAGAAGUUUCAAGAAUUGGGUCAAUCUUGAAUUUUGCUGGAACUCUAGUUUAAAGGUAACAGAGUAGUGUUUUUUUAUUGGAGAAAGUGUAAAUUUCUUCUUUUAGUGAUAUUUUGUUGAAGAAGUGAACAAGUUUCAAGAAUUGGGUAAAUCUUGAAUUUUGCUGAAACUCUUUGGCAGAGUGAUUUAAAGUCCGCAGAGUAGUGAAAGAAAAAAUGGGUUCUUUUCCUGGACAUGUUCUUCCUGGAACACUAUUUCUUGUGAUUGGUGUGUGGCAUAUAUGGUCAGCUAUGGUUAGAUAUUCAACAAAUCCCAAGUCAUUUAGGGUAAGGGUUUGGAACCCUGUUUCAGGUUUUGAUGGGAGGUUGAAAUAUUUGGAACUUUAUGUUAUAGCAAUUGGAGGUUUUAUUGAUUUUUGUAUCGAGCUCUUCUAUUCGACACACCUCAGACUUUUCGUUCAUGGAGUUUUGAAUCCUAGACAUAUGAAUAACUUUGAGCAUGCUGGAAUGCUUCUCAUGUUCGUUAUCUUCGGCGUGAUUGUACUCCUUUCAGAGAAAACCAGUUUUCUUCCGUUGCCUGAUGGAGCUCUCUGCUUAAUCGGUGCCACAGCAUUCUGUGCAGAGUAUUUCUUGUUCUUUUUCCACUCCACAACCCACAAAGGCCUCGAAGGGUACUAUCACCUUAUCCUUGUCCUCCUCAUCGGACUCUGCAUAUUGACAAUUAUCGCUGGAACUCUUAUGCCUACCAGCUUCCCUCUUGAUUUGGCUAGCGGCAUUGCCGUAACACUCCAAGGCCUCUGGUUCUAUCAGACUGCAUUCACUCUGUAUGGUCCGAUGAUGCCAGAAGGUUGCCAGCUCAAGGGGAACGAUGUCAUGUGUCGUUCAGCAGAUAGCGAGGUUCGAGGUGAGUUGCUUGCAAACUUCCAACUUUUCUCCAUGGUUUUUGUUGUCCUUGCUGCCACUGCUGGAGCUUAUAGCUUUGCAGCUUCAGAGACUGGUCAUUCAGAAAUUAGGAAUUCACAUGUGCCUAUUGAUGGUUAAGGACUUUUACAGUAGUUUAGCAAUUUUUGUACCAUAUUCUUUGGUUAAGGGAAGGCCUUGAAUGAACAUUUGAGGAUGUUGCUCUUAAGUUAUUCAUUUGUCUAGUUUGGUAAGUGUAAAUUUUACACUGAAAAGUAGACUACUGUUGGGUUGCUACUUAGCUAGUUGCUGAUAAUCAUGGACUAGUAACAAAUAAAUGUGACCAAUUUUGGUAAUUACAUCUACAAGAUCCCUUUUAACAUUUCUCUUGAAACCAAUGGAUGGUAAUCAGUUGAAAUUUUC